ACUCCCCCACGCAAGUGGGAAGCAGAUCCAUAGGUGCCAGGUUCUUGCCCUAAGGCAAUUAGAAUUCUUGGGAGGCAGGUUUGGGGUUUUGGUGGGAUGGGGGUGGGCGGGACUGGGCUCAUGGACACAGCAUUUUAUAAGGUAGCAGGAUCUGUUCUGAGAAGAGCAUUUAGCACUCUACACCAUGAAGGGGAUGCUGUUUCUGCUGGCCUUGCUGGUGACCGGGGAGCUGGGCUUUCAGACAACAGAAGCAUACCUUCCUCCCUUUGAAGUCCAUGCAGGAGUCUCCUCUGGAAACAAAGCCAUAUUGAAUGCUGUCCUUACCAAGUAUGGCUCUACUGACAGGGAAAGGAAGGCUUUUGGGAAACUUCUGGAAUGCUUCACUGAUGCAGGAGUGGAAGGCAAAAUCCUGGAUGCCAAACUUCUGGAAGCCAUCAUCUUCAGUCCAGAAUGUAGAGAAUACUAUAAACAAAUCGAAGUGAUUGCUUUCCAAACUUAACUUGUUUGGAACAUGAUGAUUGAUGUGAGAGGCACAUUGCUGCCCUGUCCACUUUCCGUCCUGUAGUUGGAAUCCGGACACCUGCACCCUCCUUGCUCAGUUUGUAAAGCUGGUUCAAUAAACACCUGCUGCUCUGCUCUGGGUACCAUGUCUGUGUGUAGUGCAGGCGUCUUCAGAUCUAGGAGACAGAGAAAGGAGUUGGGUAGGCACUCAGAGCAGGGCGACUCCCACUGACUGACUAGGUAUCAAGGGAAAGCCAUUGCAGCUUUUUUUGUUGCUAUGUAGACCAGGCUGGCCGCAAAGUCACAGAGAUCCACCCAUCUCUGCCUCUCAAGUGCUGGGAUUCAAAGCAUUGGCCCCCACCACCCAAGGCUCUCUGCAGUUUUGUGAGUCUGUAAGACAGUAGCUGUCUGAGGACAAAGAUCAUGGAAGCAGCCAUAGGCUUCAGCCCAGACUGCCAGGAUAGAAACGAGGUGCACAGCUCCUCACCUCAUAUGUUCCCUCUGGGUUCAUCACAGGGCAGCUGGCUCCUUAUAGGUCAGUCCACAACAGUGCCGUGACUCAGAAGAUGACUUGGGAGACUCUCCUGGUCUGCAAGAAAGGCCAUCAGUUGUCAUAGCCUGGUCUAUAUAGCAAGGUCCAGGACAGCCAGGGUAGCAAAAAAAAAUCCCUGCCUGAAAAACAAAAAGGAAAUGUAAUUGAUAUAGACAAAAAUCUUUAAUGGGGAAAACAAUUUGAGUAGAUGUGCAUCUAAGGAGAAGAGAGAAGGCUGGGAAGGUUCAAUGGGUAGCAUGCUUCUGUGCUUUACUGGGGACAUGAGUUCCAGUCCCUGAACCCAUCUAAAGCCAAACUUGGCAGCAUACAUCCAUAAUUCCAGUGUUCUGUCAAGAGAUUAGAGGAGAUAGGGGAAAUCCCAGAAGUCUCUCUGUAGUCCAGACAGCCACAGAGACCUGUCUUAGACAAGGUAGGUGAAGAGUGACACCCCAGAUUGUCCUUUGAUCCCCCCAUAUGCACACUGUGGCAUGUGCAUGUAUGCUCUCUCUCAUACACUCAACACAAAACAUCCACACAACAAAAAGGAGAGGAAUGGCAAGAGGUACAAACAAAAACCAUGAGCAUCAUUGGUGAUUAGGCAGAAACAAAAUAAUAGCACAACUAGCAAGAGUGGCAAAUAUUGAGAAGAGCAAUUGAGCAGAGCAAUGUUGGUGAGCAUGUGAGGGACUGAGUCAUACGGACAGGACAGAUUGUCAGUGUGUAAGAUAAACAUGCACGUAGCCUUUGACCAGAGGGCCCUGUGCAUCGGUUUCCGUAUGUGACAGCUUGAAUGCUUCCUAAGGAAGGCUGGUCUGUCUUAGAAGACCACAGGGCCUCUCCAGGAACACAGCUCUCAUGUGCAAACCAGCUACUCCUGCGUGCACAGACUGGCU